AUGACGUCUCCAUUCCCUAUCUUUGCCAAUGGCCUCCGCACACUAAAGUUUGAUCUCCAAAAAGCCGAAGAACAUGCGAAAUCCAACAACAUCUCGCUGGAUACCCUUAUCACCGCCCGUCUAAUCGACGACAUGCAACCCCUCGCUUUCCAAGUCCUCGCCGUUCACAACACGGUCCACAAAGUCCUCGCUCGAGCCAAAAACAUCGAGCCCGCUUCUCUUGAUGCUGGGGAUAAAUCGUUCGAGGAUUUCUAUAAGCGCAUUGAUUCCAUUCUUGCUGAGCUAGAGAAAACGGAUAUUGCUGCGCUUGAAGGAAAUAAGGAUAAAACUUUCAAGACGCCUGCUGCUGGGAGGGAGCCUGUUUUCACGGUCGAGGAGUAUGGGGUUGCAUUUGGAGUGCCGAAUUUCUUUUUCCAUCUGGUUACGGCUUAUGAUAUUUUGAGGGCGCAGGGGAUCCCGCUGGGAAAGAAAGAUUACUUGGGGUCGUUCUUGGAUACUGUGUCUGCGAAAUAA